AUGACUCUCGACGUGGAGGAUAAUGAGGAGCAGAACUUGAUUCGAGUAUUCCCUGGGGCAAAGAAGUUCAUCGACGAGGCAAUAUCGGCGGGAGGCCGUGUUCUCGUGCAUUGCAACGGUGGCAUCAGCCUUUCACCAUCCUUUGUGGUCAUGUUCGUUAUGCAGCACUACCAACUGUCAUGGGAGGACGCGCUACACAUGGUUCAAAAUCGGCGUUAUUGCAUCUCACCUAAUGGAGGUUUUCUGACACAAAUUAAGGAGUACGAGGCAAUCUACAGGGCGAACAUAGCAGUACAAUCCUAUCCCCAAAACCGACCAGCUGUCCCUCGACGCAAGCGGUCGGACGACGACGACGAUGAGGAUGAUCGGCUCAUGCGGUCCCACCUGCACAGACCGGAUGAUCGAUCGAAACGCGCACUUGUUAAAAGCUAUUCAGAAGAAAUCGAUCCAAAUGCAAUGGAGAUUUCAUAG